AUGCCGGAUUUCAUGGCUACCACUUCAACAUCUUCACUAGCUCUACACUGCAAAUCCUUGAACAGAACAGACCUCAACUUCGCUUUUCUAUCGUCAUCCCGACGACCCACAUCCAGGAAAUCGUUCAACUCCGCGAGGUACAACCAGAUUGUGGUAGACGAAGAAGUGGACAGGAUUAAGAGGCUUCAAAACGGAUCGGAUGUGCGUGGUGUGGCCAUGGAAGGUGAGAAGGGCCGAAGGGUUGAUCUCACACCACCGGCUGUAGAAGCAAUUUCGGAGAGUUUUGGUGAGUGGGUAAUUGACGGUCUGAGCAAAGAAGGUGCAGGCAGAGGGCGUGUGGCUGAGGAGGAGGAUGUGAGGGUGUCUCUUGGCCGAGACCCUCGCAUAUCUGGAGCGCCACUGAGCGUGGCUGUGUUUUCUGGCCUUUCCCGUGCCGGGUGCUUGGCAUUUGACAUGGGACUCGCAACGACGCCCGCUUGCUUCAUGAGCACUUUGCUCCCUCCAUUCACUUAUCAUGCCUCGAUUAUGAUGACGGCUUCUCAUUUACCCUACACAAGAAAUGGGCUGAAAUUUUUCACUCGCAAAGGUGGGUUGAAGUCGACGGAGGUGGAGAAGAUAUGUGAUCGAGCAGCUUUCAAGUAUGCCAACAGGCUGGCCAAGGUAUCAACCACCUUGAAUGCUCUUGCUCCGGCCAGAGUUAAUUUCAUGAGUACGUACGCUGAGUACCUCCGUGAAAUCAUUAGGAAGGAAGUGAACCAUCCACUCCACUAUGAAACUCCGCUUCAGGGAUUCCAGAUAAUUGUGAAUGCUGGGAAUGGUUCAGGAGGAUUCUUUACAUGGGAUGUGCUAGACAAGCUUGGGGCAGACACAUUUGGCUCCAUAAACCUUAAACCAGAUGGAAUGUUCCCCAGCCACAUCCCCAAUCCAGAGGACAAGACGGCCAUGGCCCUAACUAGAGCAGCUGUGCUGGAGAACUCGGCAGAUCUGGGGAUUGUCUUCGACACUGACGUUGAUCGAAGUGGGGUGGUGGAUUCUGCAGGUAGGGCAAUCAACCGUGACAGGCUUAUAGCUCUCAUGGCGGCCAUCGUCUUGAGGGAACACCCUGGUACCGCCAUCGUCACCGAUGCUCGUACCAGCAUGGCCCUCACUCGGUUCAUCACCGGCAGAGGGGGAAAGCAUUGCAUGUACCGUACUGGCUAUCGCAACGUCAUUGACAAGGGCAUUCAGCUUAACAGAGAUGGCGUCGACACACAUCUGAUGAUAGAAACUUCCGGCCAUGGAGCUUUCAAGGAGAAUCACUUCCUUGAUGAUGGAGCUUACAUGGUGCUGAAAAUCAUCAUUGAAAUGGUGCGCAUGAAGCUCAGUGGAUCAGGAGAAAGUAUUGACCAUCUUAUUAAAGAACUUGAGGACCCAGCAGAGACCAUAGAGCUAAGGAUGAACAUACUAUCUGAACCUAGAUUUGCAAAAGACAAAGCAGCAGAAGCGAUUGAGACAUUUAGAAAGUACAUAGAGGAAGGACGGAUUAAUGGAUGGGAGUUGGAUUCCUGUGGAGACUGUUGGGUAAGUGAGGGCUGCCUUGUAGACUCGAAUGAUGAACCAACUUCUGUUGAUGCUCACAUGUACAGGGUCAAAGUUUCAGACCAAGAGCAUGGACUUCAUGGCUGGGUACAGCUUAGACAAAGCAUUCACAAUCCAAACAUUGCUGUAACUAUGCAAUCCAUAGUUCCUGGUGGCUGUCUCUCCAUCACAAGAGCCCUGCAUGAUCAGUUCUUAUUGGUAAGUGGGAUGGAUAUAAUCCUGGACAUUUCGCAGAUCGAAAAGUUCAUAAAAAAUGGACAUCUAGGUUGAGAUGGAUGCAGUCCACCAUGACA